AUGGACACCAUGCCUCAUGAUGAAUCAUCGCUGGCUGUGCCUCUCCUUGUUGAUAAGGGGCAACACAGGCUAGGAUGUAAUGUGGGAGAUGUGGAGUCAAAUUCCAGUUAUACAAGUACAGGCAACGCAUCUUCUUUCAAGACUGUUUUCCACGGACUAAAUGCUUUGUCAGGAGUUGGGAUCCUUUCAGUUCCAUACGCACUAUCAUCAGGAGGAUGGUUGAGCUUGAUCCUCCUCUUUGUUAUCUCUAGUGCAGCCUUUUACACAGGCUUAUUGAUCCAAAGAUGUAUGGAUGUGGAUUCCGAUAUCAGAACUUAUCCUGAAAUAGGCGAGCGUGCUUUUGGUAACAAGGGAAGACUCUUGGUAUCAGUCGUCAUGUAUACAGAACUCUACUUAGUUGCAACAGGAUUCCUCAUUCUUGAAGGGGAUAAUUUACAAAAUUUAUUUCCUAACAUGGGACUUGAAGUGGCAGGGUUUGAAAUAGGUGGCAGACAAAGUUUUGUUAUAAUUGUGGCCCUUCUUAUUUUGCCUACGGUUUGGUUGGAUAACAUAAGCAUUCUUUCUUAUAUCUCUGCCAGUGGGGUUUUAGCUUCUGCUAUCAUUCUAAUUUCCAUUUUUUGGACUGGUGCAUUUGAUGGAGUUGGAUUCGAGGAAAAGGGUACGCUAGUAAAUUGGCAUGGAAUCCCUACAGCAGUAAGUUUGUAUGCCUUCUGUUAUUGUGCACAUCCAGUCUUCCCCACCCUUUACAUUUCUAUGAAAAAUAAGCAUCAGUUCUCCAACGUGAUGAUUCUUUGUUAUAUUUUAUGCACCUUUGGCUACGCAUCAAUGGCGAUUCUGGGUUACCUAAUGUUUGGAUCAAACGUCCAGUCACAGAUAACCUUAAACCUUCCAACCAAUAAGUUUAGCUCAAGACUGGCAAUAUACACUACACUGGUCAAUCCCGUAUCAAAAUUCGCCCUGAUGGUUAUGCCAAUAGUGAAUGCUACCAAAAGUUGGCUUCCAAUGAACUGCAAUACAAGGGCAUUUAGCUUCUUGACCAGUACUGCUUUAGUGAUCAGCAGUGUCAUUUUAGCCCUCUCUCUCCCUUUCUUUGGUGACCUCAUGUCGCUGGUCGGAGCGUUUUUAAGUAUGACGGCUUCUAUUAUACUUCCAUGCUUAUGUUACUUGAAGAUUUCAGGAACUUACCAGAGAUUCGGAUUUGAAAUGGUGGUAUUAGGGAGUGUAGUGCUACUUGGUGUUGCUGUUGUGAUAUUUGGUACUUGCACCUCUCUCUUGGAGAUAAUAAACCACUUGAAAUAA